UCUAAGGGAUAGUGGAAAGGGUCAUAGACCGGUUCUCGUACUGUAGAAUGUGUCGUUAACGGUAGCGUGGAAAAUAUUUUGUCUGCCUUCUGUAAGCUAACAUAAUACGUCGAAAGUCUUCAUACUACAGCAAAGUCAAAUAAUGAACACAUGAUACUUAGAACAAAGUCCAUAUAACCACUAAAUGGUGAGAAACCUUACCGUGAACAAUUGUGAUUUUCAAUUCCCCGCCGUCCGCCAUAUUGAAUUUGUGAAUUUUACCACUGACCCCAUUUUAAACAGGCUCCUGAAAUAUCUCAGCGAAGACCGCGGGCUCAUGUCAUGUAAAUAAUAAUGGUGGUCAUAACUAGAAGAAAGCUCUUUUAAAAUUAUUGUGUUACGAUUCCUGAUGAUGAAUAGACUAAGGCUAUCGUUGGUGUCUUCUGUAUGUGUUGGAGCUGGUGGGGUUCUCGGAAUUUUAUAUGAAAGAAAAAAGGUAAAGAGCGCUAAAAUCGGUAACUUCCUACCCGCAUUACAUGCUGUUGACGUCGAAGAUGGAAAGAACUUCUCAAAAGAAAAACCACCGUAUUUUAGCAGCAGUAGCAUGAGUCACAAAGAAACUCCUGAACAGUAUGCAAGGAGAAAUGAAAUAAUGAGAUUUGGAUAUCCAGGUUAUGAAAAUUUAAAGUACAGAGAUGACUAUGUUCUGUCCUAUAAUAGACGUCUCAGGUUACCCAACUGGGUGUGUGAGCAUCUAACAGUUGAGAGGUUAAGAAAGCGUGUGGCAGACCGCAGCAAGUGUGACUUUACUAUUGAUACAUCUGUGCAUCCAAUGUUUAGAGUCACAAAUGAGGAUUACAGGAAAAGUGGAUAUGACAGGGGACACAUGGCGGCAGCAGCAAACCAUCGAUACUCUCAGGACGCAAACUGUCAGACUUUUCUUCUCAGCAAUAUUGGGCCACAAGUAGGCUCAGGCUUUAAUCGUGAUUCUUGGGAGCAUCUUGAGAAGUAUGUUCGUCAUCUGCCCAGAAGCUACAAAAAUGUUUACGUGCUCACAGGACCUUUAUUCCUGCCAAAGUUGGAACAAGAUGGCCACUUAUAUGUUAAAUACAAGCUUAUCGGCCAGCAUAGAAUAGCAGUCCCAACUCAUUAUUUCAAAGUUGUGCUGACAGAGUCCCACAACAACAAGUACGAGCUUCAGUCCUACAUUCUUCCUAACCAGCCAAUCAAUGAGAAGACCCCUCUACAUCGGUUCCAGGUCCCUGUUGAGACGAUCGAAAAGGCCUCGGGCCUAGUCAUGUUCGAGAAGCUACCUAGAAAAUACAUAACGGAAGUCCAACCACAGUUCAAUUGACAAGUCCUACUUUGUGGUUUUGUCCAAUCUUCUCUUCACUUAAUAACCAGCGUCUGGGUUUCCUGUGGAUAGCAGAGGUUGCCUGCAUCAUCGAAAGCUCUUUUUCAAGCCCGUAGCCAGGGGGGGUUCAGAAGAACCACCCCACACGACUCGAAGGUCUGCCCUGAUGAAGGAAAAUUGAGUACCACUGCGAGCUAGGACAAGCUUUCUAAGAGAAAAUGGUCCUCUAAAUGGGUAAACGAACUCCCUGUUCAAAAUCCUGGCUACAGGCUUGCCCCAGUCUCCCAUGUACACAGGGCCAGCACUAGAUCGGCCCUGCUUAUACAAAACACUAAAUCAUGCCUAUUCUUAGGAUGAGUAGUAAACGCACACCGUUAA